AUGUUUUUCGAUAGAGCUUCGAACGCCUUAGGGCAUGGCGUAGGAGCCGUGUUAGUGUCACCAGAAAGAGAUCAUUAUCCCGUCAUAGCCAAACUCAACUUUUAUUACACCAAUAAUGUGGCUGAAUAUGAAGCUUGUGUCAUGGGUCUUCAGGAAGCAAUCGAGAGGAAAAUUCACGUUUUGGAAGUGUAUGGGGAUUCUGCUUUGGUCAUUUAUCAGUUACAAGGAGAAUGGGAGACACGUGACUCGAAGUUAAUCCGGUAUCAUAAGUAUGUUUCUAAGCUAAUUGAAAAUUUUGAUACGAUUUGCUUCACCCAUUUGCCCCGAGAGGAGAAUCAAAUGGCUGAUGCAUUAGCCAUGUUGGCAGCAAUGUUCAAAGUUUGUACCGAUGUCAAGAUUCAACCCAUCAUGACUAAUCUUCGAGAGUGCCCCGCACACUGCUUUAGUGUAGAGGAAGAAGUAGACGGAAAAUCGUGGUACCAUGAUAUUGUGCAUUAUCUCAAGUUCCAGCAAUAUCCGAAGCAGAGCUCAGAAAAUGAUAAGAAAACCAUUAGAAGGUUGGCAAUGAAUUUCUUCUUGGAUAGGGAUAUCUUAUACAAGAGAAGUAGAGAUUUAGUGCUUUUGAGAUGUGUGGAUUCAACCGAAGCUCGAAGAAUAGUUGAGGAAGUUCACGAGAAAAUUUGUGGGGCACAUGCAAGUGGGCAUAUGUUGGCAAGACAGGUCAUGAGAGCAGGAUAUUACUGA